ACAUGCGCGUCUCGGUACGACAAAUGCAGCAUGGCUGAGCACGGGCAGAAACACGCGCUGGAGAUGGUCCGGACAGAUGGAGCUGAUGAAGGUUGUGUGACGUUUGUGCUCCAUGAAGAGGAUCACACACUGGGCAACUCGCUCCGAUACAUGAUCAUGAAGAGUCAGGACGUGGAAUUCUGCGGAUACAGCAUCACACACCCAUCAGAAAGCAAAAUCAACUUCCGGAUACAGACGCGAGAAGGAACUGCAGCAUCUGAACCCCUGCGCAAUGGGCUGAACAACCUGACUGAAGUGUGCAAACAUGUCUUGCAAACUUUUGAGGCACGGAUGAAAGCAUUCAAGGAUAAAGACGAAUCGAUGGCAUGAAGAUCAACACUUUGUACAGUGCCGGACAUUGAUCUGCUGAAGAAUGUAGAA